GCGGCUGCCGAAGGGUCCUUUCUUCUUCGGGCGAUCUCGGCGCAUUCUGGAAGCUUCUUGUGGGGCGCGAAGCGUUAUCCGGGGCUGAGACGAGGGAAGAGAAUCCGUUUCCAUCGAGAGCGCCGAGAGGGUGGCCGAGUGCCGUUAUGCCGGAGAACGCGAGCACGAAGGGGGCGUUUAUGAAUGCGGCCGCGGGGAACCGGAACUCCGGCGGUGGGAACCGUGGCUCCUACCAGGAUCGGGACAAGCCUACCCAGAUCCGCUUCAGCAACAUCUCUGCGGGCAAAGCUGUUGCAGAUGCUGUUAGAACAAGCCUUGGGCCAAAGGGAAUGGAUAAAAUGAUCCAGGAUGGCAAAGGAGAUGUAACAAUCACAAAUGAUGGCGCCACCAUUCUGAAGCAGAUGCAAGUUCUUCACCCUGCAGCCAAAAUGUUGGUGGAGUUAUCCAAAGCACAAGAUAUUGAAGCAGGAGAUGGCACUACUUCUGUUGUAGUUAUUGCAGGUGCUCUCCUGGAUGCCUGCUCCAGACUUCUUCAAAAAGGAAUUCACCCCACCAUAAUCUCCGAGUCAUUCCAGAAAGCACUGGAGAAAGGUGUGGAAAUCCUAACCAGUAUGGGACAGCCAGUUGAAUUGAGUGACAGAGAAACCUUGCUUAACAGUGCAACUACAGCAUUGAAUUCAAAGGUUGUGUCACAGUAUUCUAGUCUGCUUUCCCCAAUGAGUGUGGAUGCAGUGAUGAAGGUGAUAGAUCCUACUACAGCUAAUAGUGUGGAUCUUAGAGAUAUCAAAAUCGUUAAAAAGCUGGGAGGAACAAUUGAUGACUGUGAAUUGGUUGAAGGACUGGUCCUCACACAGAAGGUGCUCAAUACUGGUGUAACGAGGGUGGAGAAAGCUAAAAUAGGUCUCAUUCAGUUUUGCUUGUCAGCUCCCAAAACAGAUAUGGAUAACCAGAUAGUUGUUUCUGACUACACUCAAAUGGACAGAGUUCUGCGUGAAGAAAGAGCAUACAUUCUGAAUCUUGUUAAGCAGAUCAAGAAAGCAGGAUGCAACGUCCUGCUCAUUCAAAAAUCUAUUCUGCGGGAUGCUCUGAGUGAUCUAGCACUGCAUUUCUUGAACAAAAUGAAGAUCAUGGUGAUUAAAGAUAUUGAAAGAGAAGACAUUGAGUUUAUAUGUAAGACAAUUGGAACAAAGCCAGUUGCUCAUAUUGAUCAGUUUACUGGUGAUAUGCUGGGAACUGCUGAACUUGCAGAAGAAGUGAAUUUAAAUGGAUCUGGAAAACUAGUGAAGAUUACAGGCUGUGCUAGCCCUGGGAAAACUGUAACAAUUGUGGUACGUGGGUCCAACAAAUUGGUGAUAGAAGAAGCUGAACGUUCGAUUCAUGAUGCCUUGUGUGUCAUCCGCUGUUUGGUUAAAAAAAGAGCCCUGAUUGCAGGUGGCGGAGCACCAGAAAUAGAGUUGGCAUUACGUUUGAAUGAAUAUUCUCGGACUUUAAGUGGGAUGGAGUCUUACUGUGUCCGUGCUUAUGGAGAGGCCCUGGAAAUUAUUCCAUCUACCUUGGCUGAAAAUGCAGGCCUUAAUCCAAUUUCUACUGUAACAGAGCUAAGAAAUAGACAUGCACAAGGAGAGAAGACCGCUGGCAUUAAUGUCAGAAAGGGUGGAAUAUCCAAUAUCCUAGAAGAGUUAGUGGUCCAGCCAUUAUUGGUGUCCAUCAGUGCUUUGACCUUAGCUACAGAAACUGUUCGCAGUAUUCUUAAGAUUGAUGAUGUGGUAAAUACUCGAUAAAGUGACUAAAGGAAGAAGAUGCCCCACAGCUCUUCAAAGCAUCAUAAGUUUAGAAUUUGGCUUCACAGAAAUUCUGUGUUCGACAUCUGCUUAUCUUCCAGUCAUAUUAAUGUACUUUUGUCAAUUUAAAUUAAUAAAACCUCACAUUCUAAAGGCA